GUCGUGAUGAAGCCGCUCCCCGCUCCCCGCUCCCUCAGCGUACAUUCCACCGAGCGAGUACGUAUCCGAGAAGUGCGGGUGACGACACUCACCUGACUAUUCCUCGCCGCGAACAUGGAACGCCAUCCGCGGCGCACACCGAACGCGAGAAGCACGUCAGACGGUGAAUGGAGGACGUCCGCACAGUAUCGUACGAUGCCUCCACCCAGUCUACAGCCCGUCCUGAUCGCGUCCUCCCUGAGAAGCCCGAGACGUGCCGUCACGCGCCCAGUCCGUCGUCAACUGCAACGGGACAAGCCCGACGUACAUAGCGUCGUCCACGUCGUCCAUCCGCCGAGAGUACACGUUCCCCGCCUGCUCGGGUAGCGCAGGAACAUCCGCAGCGCACGUCCGAUUCACGCGUAGGUGCGGCCAUCGAGCUGUGUCCGAAUCGAGUCCGUGCAUGCGUCCGUCUGUGUCUGUGGCGCUGACGGCACGCCAGGCGAGUCGCCACCUCGCUUCCGCGGCCACGAUGCACGAUCCGGAUCCGAGUCCGAGCAGCGCAGUGAACUGCCUGCCGUCGUAGUGACAGAGACCACGGGUGGGCGAGGUGGAACAGCUCACCGAUAGGCUGCUCUCCCGCCGC